ACCCUACCAUAAGGAAGAAACGAAGCCAGAGGUAGGCAUCCCGCACCACCGUUCUUUGUCACCGAAAUCACAUCGGCUUGUUUGCGCCUAUCCUACCGCAUGUUGUUUAGACCCCUAGUUGGGCAUGGGCGGGUAAACACCAGGGAUCACAUGGUGUCACCCCCUUUCCCGUCUCCUCAUAUAUACCAACCCAGUCAACAAUCACCUCUCUACCGGACUGUAGCUUGAGCCUCAAUCAAGCCAUCUUGUGGUUAACCCUUGACGUUGCAGACUAUCUCGGCUCCCUUCGAAUAACAAACCCCGCCGCAUCUACGAACCUCCAAACGGUUAUCUCCGUAAUACCCCUACAUUAUCGCAACCAUGGGCGGCGACGAGCUCAAGGAGAGCCUUUCCCCUGCUCCCAGGGAGAAGUUGGAAGCCCAGAUCAAGAGUGCCGAUAUGACCGAGGAUAUGCAGCAAGAGGCCGUUGAAGUUGCCCAGGAGGCCAUGGCCAAGUUCACCGUGGAGAAGGAUAUCGCACAACACAUCAAGAAGACGUUCGAUGAGCGCAAGGGUCCAACAUGGCAUUGCAUCGUAGGCCGUAACUUCGGCAGCUUCGUCACUCACGAGACCAAGCACUUCAUCUACUUUUACCUCGGUCACUGCGCCAUUCUUCUCUUCAAGACCCAGUAGGGGCGCGACCUCUUCCGCCGUUUUGUCUCCAGGUUGUAAAAGAAGAAAGAAAACAGAAAGAACGCAGCAGCAGCAUCGUUAUCAGCAUCGUUUAAUCGUUGCCGCAGUGGCAGCC